GUAAGGAUAAACCCAAUGAAUAUUUAUUCUUCUCGAUCUCCGAUUAUCUUUUCAGCUCAUUCAAAGUACGGUUGAAUAAUGGGAAAUUCCAAUUCAGGACAACACCGGCGGCACUCUAAUGGCGACCAACAACCGUCUACCCGAUCUAGACCCACCCCAAACCAGUACGUCUUCGCCGCUGCGACGCCAUAUCCCGCACAAUAUCCUAAUUCUAAUCGAUAUCAUCACAACCCCUCUUUUUACCCGCCCCCUGCAAUUCCGGCUCCCACUACAUACGGCGGUUUUCAUCAUGUCCCUGGUGCGCAUUAUCCCCCCGUCAUGGCGCCCUACGUCGAGCAUCAGAAGGCUGUCACGAUAAGGAAUGAUGUUAAUGUGAAGAAGGAGAGUCUUAGGGUUGAACCUGAUCUUGAAAAUCCGGGAAAGUUCCUUGUUUCUUUCACUUUGGACGCCACUGCGCCUGGAAGUAUUUCAGUGAUGUUUUUUGCUAAAGAAGUGGACUGUAACCUGAUUCCAACAAAGGAAGACCUGCUUAAACCAGUCACUAUAUCUUUCCAACCGGGUCUAGGCCAGAAGUUUAGACAACCUUCUGGAACAGGGAUUGACUUCUUGAUGUUUGAUGAAACAACAUUGACAGAGGGGGGUGAUACAGAAGUUUAUCCUCUCAUUGUGAAGACUGAGGCUCUGUCGUCAGACCAUGGUGGAUCAGAAGCUAAUCCAUCUGGGAAUUCUCAGAUUACUAUAGCAGUGUUCGAAAAGAGAGAAAAAGCUGAAUACCAAGUCAAGGUGAUUAAGCAAAUCUUGUGCGUGAACAGAGUGAGGUAUGAGCUUCAGGAAAUUUAUGGAAUUGGGAAUUCAGUUUCUGGUGAAGCUGAUGAGAGUGAUUCUGGAAAAGAUUGUGUCAUCUGCCUGUCAGAACCACGUGACACAACUGUCCUGCCAUGCCGACACAUGUGUAUGUGCAGUGGGUGUGCCAAAGUUUUGCAGUUCCAAUCAAACCGGUGUCCUAUUUGUAGGCAACCCGUUGAUAGGCUCUUAGAAAUUAAGGUGAACAAUGGACCUGAUGAUUGAUGAUGGUCUUCUGCUGCCAAAAGAAUAAUGCUUUCCAUAUGGUCUUCUGUUGCCAAAAGAAUAAUGCUUUCCAUAUAAUCUGAUUUACCAGAAGUAAUUUAUAUACAGGUAUAAUGCAUUGCUUGCCUCAUUGGUGUUGUCCUAUAAAUAGUUGCAAGUGAAUUCUCAUGUAAAUAUAGUUGCAUAUUUGUUGGAAUAAUGCUUCAAUUUUAGAGGUUUUUCUCUCA